AUGGACGCCCCCGAGGACUUCGUCGGCCAGCUCCGGCCCUACCAGCAGCUGGGCUACUCGUGGCUGGCCUUCCUCAGGGACUGGGGGCUGGGAGCCUGCCUGGCCGACGACAUGGGCCUGGGCAAGACCGUCCAGACGCUGGCCGCCCUGCAACUGGACCGCCAGCAGGGCAACGACCGGCCCAACCUGCUGGUCUGCCCAACGUCCGUGAUCAACAACUGGCAGCGGGAGGCUGCCAGGUUCACGCCGGACCUGGCCGUGCUGCUGCACCACGGCUCGAACCGCCAUCGUGGAGCUGCCUUCCGUAGUCAGGCUGACGACCACCAUCUGGUCGUCACCAGCUACGGUACCAUGCACCGGGACCGGGACCUGCUCGGCACCGUACCCUGGCGGGCGGCCAUCCUGGAUGAGGCCCAGAACAUCAAGAACCCAGCGUCCCAGCAGGCCCGCACCGCCCAGGGACUCCCGGCCGAUUACCGGAUAGCCCUCACCGGAACGCCGGUGGAGAACCACGUCGGCGACCUCUGGUCCAUCAUGCAGUUCCUGAACCCCGGCCUCCUGGGUUCCCAGGCCGAGUUCAAGCGCAACUACUUCCUACCCAUCCAGACCGACCGGGACGGAGCAGCGGCGGCUCGCCUGCAGAAGGCCACCGGACCCUUCAUCCUGCGCCGCCUCAAGACCGACCGGUCCAUCAUCGACGACCUGCCCGACAAGAACGAGACCAAGCAGUACUGCAGCCUGACCAGGGAGCAGGCAACGCUCUACCAGGCCGUGCUGCGCGAGGCGGAGACCCGGCUGGAAUCCGCAGAGGGCAUCAAGCGCCGGGGGUCGAUCCUGGACACCCUGACCAAGCUCAAGCAGGCCUGCAACCACCCCCGCCAGCUGCUGGGCGACAACUCCGCCAUCACCGGCCGCUCCGGCAAGCUGGCCCGCCUGCAGGAAAUCCUCGAUGAGGUACUGUCCCGCCGGGGACCGGGUGCUGGUGUUCAGCCAGUUCGCCGAGAUGGGAGCCAUUCUGCAACAACACGUGCAGGAGACCCACGGCCUGGAAACCCCUUUCCUGCACGGCGGUGUCACCCGGAAACAGCGAGACCUCAUGGUGCAACGCUUCCAGGAAGACCCCGACGGCCCGCAGGUCUUCGUCCUGUCCCUCAAGGCCGGGGGCUCCGGCCUCAACCUGCCCCGGGCCAACCACGUGAUCCACUACGACCGGUGGUGGAACCCCGCCGUGGAAAACCAGGCCACCGACCGGGCCUUCCGCAUCGGCCAGACCAGGGACGUCCACGUCCACAAGCUGAUCUGCGCCGGCACUCUGGAGGACCGCAUCGACCUCAUGAUCGAAAUCAAGCAGGAGACCGCCGACCAGGUGGUGGGAACCACCUCGGAGCGGUGGCUCACCGAGCUCUCCAACGCCGAACUCCGGGACGUGCUGGCCCUCAGCGCGAACCCGGCGGACUGACACCCGGUGGAAUCAUGGAAAGCAACCUGAUCUCCUCCUCAACGCAGGAACGAUGA